AUGCGGAUUAGGAAAAGCGAAGAACUUUGUGCAACUGAACUUUCGCACGGUAGCGAUGUCGCUAGGCCACCUCAAGGAUACGAAACUGCGCUUCCGUUUUCUAGCACAAACAAUCCACAGCCUUCAUACUACGACGAAAUGCUUGAUUCGUUCUAUCGAGAAAUCGUCGACGACACCAAGCCCGUCGAAACAUCUAAACGCAUCACGUUGAAGCGGGUUCGAUCGAACCGCAACGACUUGGUGUACAAAAUAUGA